GUGAAGUUGUGUCGCAUUUAGCUGUGAAGGCGUCAAUGUCCGAAGUCAUUGUUUUUAUAAUCGCCAAACUUUGCUAGGAAAGACGGAUUUCAGAGUUAACAUAUUUGAUAAGAAUUUCUACUACUAUUUAUAUCGAACAUAUUUGAUAAGAAUUACUAUUUAUAUCGACAAGUCUUUAAUGAGUCUACCCGGAACCUGGAAUUUAUUCGGAAUUGGAGAAAACUAAAAUCGUUUGGUGAACUCGUGGUUUUUAAAAUGCUGUAUUGGUACAAUAUUUAUCGUGUGUGAUUAUCUAUUCACUGUCUAAAUUACUACACAAAACAAACUCGUGUUAAAUGUUUGUAUUUAUUGUCCAAAUAAAUGGCGUAGCAACGAAGGUUGACGAUAAAUGUUGUUCUAAUAUUUUCACUGAUAAUACCUUUAAGUUUAAUCCGUAAACAAACGGGUGAAAAUUUAAUAAGACGGUGUACCUAGCAGGUCAAAUAUCGCGUGUAAUAUUUUAUCCAAAAGUGAUUGAGUGAAGCGAUGUAGAACGAAUAAAUUCAACUAAAGAAAUCAGUGAUCCAGUGAACUUUUCAAAAUGUUCUGUUGUAAUGAUAUUACAUAACUUUUGUGACAACUAACUUGCAACUAAUAUGGAUGUAAAUACAAAUCAAGAUGGGCAUGUACCUGAAGCUGGACAGGAAAAUGGUGAUUUUUCGUCUGAAGACCAGGAAAGGUUAAAGCAUGUUUUGUCUGGAUCGUUGGAAAAGUUACCGGCUCAAAGUUCAAAAAUUGUUCGUAUUUUCACAAGUUCAACUUUUACAGAUACGACACUGGAAAGAAAUGCAUUAAUGGAAAAUGUGUAUCCAAAGUUAAAAGAAUAUCUCCGUGAAAACUAUGGUCUGGAAUUUCAGGUUGUUGACAUGAGAUGGGGUGUAAGAGAUGAGGCGACAGAUGAUCACAUGACAACAUCACUUUGUAUGCAGGAGAUACACAACUGCCAGCGGCUGUCUAUAGGACCUAAUUUUGUGGUGUUUCUUGGUCAAAAGUAUGGAUACCGUCCGAUACCAACACAUAUAGAUGCUAAAGAAUUCGAAAUGAUGAGAGACUGUAUCAAGACGGAACCGGAAGAACUUGAACUGAUGGACAAGUGGUACAUUCAAGAUGAAAAUACGGUCCCUCCCGUUUAUAUCCUGCAACCAAUCAGUUCGAUUCUUACUAAUUUUAACAACAAAAGACACAAAGGUCUGCAAGAUGCUGAUCAAGCAACAUGGUGGGACACGUUUACAAAACUUCAACGAAUUUGCAGAAAAGCUGCGCAAGUUUUAUUCAUUGCUAAAAGGAUAGACAGAGAACAAAUGCACAACUUUUUCAUGUCUGUUACAGAAAGAGAAGUAGAGCACGGUAUAUUAAAGGCUCCAAAUGUAACAGACCACACUCUAGCUUACAUACGGGAAAUUAGCAAUAUCAAUGUCGGACUUCUCAGGUUUGCUGCAAAAUUUAUUGACUUUGCAGCUCGAAAUGUUGAUGGCGAAGCACAAAAGUUACUAAAAACAUUACGUGAUGAAAAACUUGCAAAGAAAAUGCCUGAAUCAAAUGUUGCUCGUUUUACAGUGGAUUGGUCUGGAAAGGAAGGAAUCGAUAUGGAAUCCCAUUCAGAUUAUAUCAAGGAAUUCACAACUCAUUUUCAUACAUCUAUUCUUAGUUUGGUAGAGAGGGCAAUGAUGCAACACGAAAAGUUAUCCCAGGACCCAGUAUACACGGAAGUCUUACAACAUUCCCACGCUUGUGUCAAUUUUUGUAAAGUGUUUCAAGGACGACAGGAUAUAAUUGACCAAAUUAAAGCUUACGUCACAGGAGAUUCUAAUUUCCCAUUUGUUCUGCAUGGUGAAAGUGGCUGUGGUAAGACAUCUUUAACAGCCAAAGGAGCAAGUCAAUCAAGGUCAUGGUUGCAGAAAAAGGACAACGAACCAACUCUAGUUCUACGAUUUCUAGGUACAACGCCAAACAGUUCUACUAUCAUCCCAUUGUUAACGAGUGUCAUACAACAGAUAUCUCUCAUGUACGACCAGCCAGUUGACAAUAUACCUGAUGAAUUAUCUCCCUUAGUAGGUCAUUUCAAAAACUUAUUAACACUUGCAUCUGAAGAAAAGCCUAUCGUGCUGAUAUUUGAUUCACUGGACCAGCUAUCGGGGUCAGAUGGUGCUCAUCAGUUAGCAUGGUUACCCGCGGUUCUGCCUUCUCACGUCAAACUUAUUGUGUCAACUCUCCCAAACAUGUACAAUAUAUUAGAUAAUUUAAAAAUCAUGAUUGAGCCAAAAGAAAAUUAUGUUCAAGUAUUGCCACUUGGCGAAAAUUUGAGUACGACGAUUUUGAAGUUUUGGUUGAAAAAUGCAAAUCGAACAAUAUCAGAGGAGCAAUGGAAAAUUGUUAAUGAAGCCUUUACAAAAUGCAAUCUGCCCCUUUUUGUAAAACUUGUUUUCGAUCAAGUUUGUCGUUGGAAGUCAUAUACUAAACCACAACAAACUGUUUUAGACUUCACAAUUCAUGAUAGCAUUAUGAAACUGUUUGAACGUAUUGAGAAUCAACACGGCAAAACAUUAGUUGCACAUGCAUUAGGUUAUAUCACUGCAGCAAAAAGUGGAGUAUCUGAGAGCGAGUUGGAGGACUUAUUAUCUUUAGAUGAAAAGGUUUUGAAUGACGUUUAUCAGUAUCACUUGCCUCCAGUUCGGAGGAUCCCACCUUUACUGUGGACACGAAUCCGUAGUGAUCUGCCAGGAUACUUAUCGGAGCGAGAAGCUGACGGCGUAAGUGUCAUUAAUUGGUACCAUCGACAAUUUAUUGAAGCGGCACGGGAAAGGUAUUUCAGAAAUUUGAACUUUGUUGCACAAAUGCAUGCAUCAAAUGCUGAAUAUUUCAUGGGAACAUGGGGUGGAGGAAUUCCAAAACCAUUUGAAUAUUCAGAACACCAACGAAGGAUGUUUCAACUGAACGAAAUGAAAGGCGAAAGUGAUCGCAAAGUUCCUCUUCAGCCACUUGCAUUUCAUGACACGGACGGCAAGCUUACUCGUUACAACCUUCGGAAGUUAAAUGAACUUCCCUUCCAUCUUGUGCGUUCUCACCAGUACGAAGACUUGUAUAACACGUGCCUCUUUAAUUACAACUGGUUGCAUGCUAAGCUAUGUUCAAUGCCACUGCAAGCGGUAGUGGCAGAUUUUGAAGAUUUGUUAGAACAUGUAUAUCAGAAAGAUGUUAAGUUAAUUGCUGAUGCAAUUCGCUUAUCCAGCUCCAUAUUGAAUCAUUAUCCAAGUAUGCUUGGCCCUCAGAUUACUGGUAGGUUAUUGCCAUACUUUCAGUCUAAUAUGAAUAUUCGAAGUUUGAUUCAACAGUGCGAUUCUGAUGGUCUAGUCAACUGUUCAUUAGUCCCUGCUCAUCAUCAUUUGCAUACUCCAGGUGGCCCUUUACAGUUUUCACUGGAAGGUCACCCUUUUGCACCAUUUGGAAUAUGCUGUACAUCUACAGGAAGGUAUCUAGUCUCAGUGUCAAAUAAGUUUAUUAUAUGGGAUUUACAUAGUGGAGAUGUUUUCCGACAGAUCAUACCCGGAAUAGAAGGCAUAAUGCAAAAUCUCGCAAUAUCACCAAAUGAUAUUUUUGCCGUAAGUUACACAAACAAUAACCAAAUAAUCGUUGCUUGUAUCAUGACUGGUGAUUUUAUAUCAAUUACCCCAACAACCAAAGGAAAUACAGAAUCUGUAAUUGGUACCCAGGUUUCAAAUACACAUGUUGCAGCUUGGACUUCCAAAGAAUGGUAUUUAUACACAAUCAACGGUGUUUAUAUUUCGUCACAUACAAUUCAACUCAAAAUGCCACUGAUGUCAGUCGACUUUGGUGUUGACGAGAAAACUUAUCUUAUUGUUAAAAGUGGCACAGAUCGUGACAAUGACAUGGCUAUAGAGGUUCAAGACCAAUCUAUAGAACCAUUUGAAUUUCAUAGUGCAAUAGCUGUAUCCAAAGACAAGAUGAUUUUGUAUACAUGUAUUGAAAUAAGCGAUAAUAAUAUUGCUGUUUACAAGAAAUCGGAUGAUGCCUGGCAUUACGACAGAACUUUAGGAGAUAAUAAAGAUAUGGUGUUCAGCUUAACUCUAUCCGAAGAUGAAAACUAUCUUGUUGCGACAAUAGCUUUAGGUUUCAAAUUGUGGAAUUUGAAAAAUGAUUCAUUGGUGGAACUUAAACUUCCUCCUGCUACCAGAAACAUUCCUAACAGGAAUCCACUCCUGAGCUCAGUAGUAUUUACCAAAAGCAACCAUUUUGUCGUGGCUGCUGUACGGAAGAAUUUGUAUGUAUGGGAUACAAAGCAAGGGAAUAUGGUGAAAGUUCUAGAUGCUCACUUUGGAAGAAUUAUAGCACUUACCUCAGUAACAGCAGGAACAAACAAACUAAUAUCAUCCUCUAUCGACAAGACAAUCAAGGUCUGGAAUUUCGAUAACAUUUUGGAAGAAGUGUUCUCUAUUGAUAGGCUUGAAAAACCAAUUGAAUACAUUCACCUUGCACGGGAAACUCAUUUUGGCGUUACUACAAGUCGUAACUGUGUAGGUGUAUGGAAUUUAGCGACAGGAAAAUUAGAACAUUCACUGGAAACAAAAUCUGUUGUCUUACUUGCCGUCAUCAACAAGGAUGCAAAGUUUGUCGCUGCUGCAGAAACGGGUAAAUUGGUGAUUUGGGAAAUAAGUCAGGAAACUGUGGGAAAAUCAAUUCAGCAAAAAGAUAUUCAGCAACUCUUAUUGAAUGAGGAUGAUACUCGUGUGAUAGCAAUAGGUACAUUGGCUUUUAACAAAGGUCAUUGCGUUGCAUACACGUUUCCCGAAGGCGAAUCGGUGUUCACAUUUGAAUACAACAUUAAAAAGUUCAAAAAAGGAGUUCUUACAAUGGAUGGGUCAUUUCUGGCUGUUCCAGCAAGCGAUAAAAGUGGAGAUAUACUCGGAGUUUAUCAUGCUAAAACUGGAACACAUUUGUACAACUUGCAGUUGAAGUAUAAUGAUUACAAAGAACUGACAUGCUUAAAGCCAAUGCCACAUGAUCCGAACCAAAUUGUUGUAGUUGACGAAUUCAAAGGUAACAUACUCGAUUUAAAGAAAAAAACUUUAGUGCGAUCUACUACUAGAUGGAACGGCAUGGCGAUGAAAACCGGAAAACAGGGACUUUUUGCACCAAGUCGAGGUGGUCUUGAACUUUUAGACUUAAAAUCUGGCAAAACAUUACGAACAUAUAUUCCUCGCAUUGCAGAAGGUGUAUUCAGUAUCGACGUUAUGUUUACAGAAAACGACCGCCAUGUUGUAUAUUAUCAUUCUGGUCAUCGCACCAUCCGCGUGUUCCGUAUAUCAGAUGGGAAGCGUAUCGCAAAUUACAAAGCGCACGCAGAAGUUAAAGUCAUGUCAUGUACACCGGAAGGAGGUACGUUAGUUAUAGGGGCAGUUGACGGAAGUUUUACUGUGUUAACAAUAGCCGAUCCUGAGUAUGAAGAAAGUGUCGAGCUUUUGCAGUGCUUACCUAGUAGGAAUACGCAGGGCAAUCAGCAAAAUGGCUAUCGAUCAACAAACGGUGAUAUUAUUCAAGGCAAGAAUAGCUUGGGAACAGCCUUACAAGUGGCUAGAUUUGUUGCUAAGGCACGAGCAGCACAGAAGUCAAGGGCAUGUUGUGUAUCUUGACAAAUCUUGUUGCUAAGGCACGAGCAGAACAGAAGUCAAGGGCAUGUUGUGUAUCUUGACAAAUCAAUAUGUGUGUAGUUGUUACUAGCAAUAACAUUACUAUUUGUUAAUUUAAGAAUGGGCUAUUUCAAUAAAUAUAUAUUGGAUUUUUUUUUUAAAAAAACCUCUUAAUAUUAGUUGCAAGGUAAUAAGUAUGAUUAUUAUAAUGAAAUCAUAAUUAACAAAAACUCAUUCGAAAAACAUUAGUCCCAGUUUAUAAUUUUAGAAGCGACCGAUAUAGCUCAGAAUUUUAAAAUGCGGCCAUUGUUAUACACAAAUUAGGCAUGGCAUGAUGAUCACGUUUAAAGACAAUAAUAUACGGUGUAUCCAUAGAAAAAGAUCAUUUGAUUGGUUUGCAUUCUUAUUUCGCAAUGCCGUUUCUUUUAUUUGGAAUAUUCAAAAUCAAAGUAUUUGUUUUCUUGUGGAUAACAAUGCGCAAUUAUUCAGUUUUUCAGAAUUAUGACCAUUUAGAAAUUUUGUUAGUUCGUAGAAUCCGAGUGCUGCUUGUAUGACUUCUUGAAGUAACAAUUACAAAAUGUAACGGUGUGCAAUAAAACUAUGCCUCUAUGAAUAACUGACUAGGUAUGAAGUAUUAUUUAUACGAUAUCUCAUAUAUAUAUAUAUAUAUCAUGUUAUGAAAUUUAUUGUUGAUAUGUCAUCUGUGCCAUUUUUAUGUAAUAAUAUAUUUUUAUUAGUACAAUGUUAUUAAUCAUAUGCUUGGAAUGUAUCGGUCUUUAGUUAUAGAAAUAGUGCUAAUUUACAAUUAAACCAAAUUUAUUGCGUGCGAAAUGUUAUUCAGGCUGAAUUUACCUCCACCAUUGUUUACUCGGAACCAAAAAGUUUGGAAAGGCACACAUUGUAUAUAUAUAGAUUCUACCACUGCAUCGAGUGUGAUACGAUAUUUAUCCACUCGAGACAGUUAAAUUUUCAAAUUUAAAACGCGAGGCUCGCCGAGCGUUUUAAAUAUUUAAAAUUUAACUGUCGAGAGUGGAUAAAUAUCGUAUUACACGAGAUUUGGUGGUGGAAUCUGUUUCUCUAAUGAUUUUCAAACAAUACACAGGCACAUUUAUUCCUUCUUUUCGAAUGAUCUGCAAAAAGAUGUGUUCUUUCUAUAUGACGUCAUCAGGCAUGGUCGCCUUUUUUCAUGCCGUCACAAUGGGAAAUUCAGAGGAAAGCAAGAAAAUUCGACGUCAUAAUCGGAUUUUAACCAAUACCAAUGAAGAACUGAGAUCAAACAAACCACACGUUGAUUAAUUUUUUUUUAUACAAUGGGUGCAGAAAGGGAUAAAUUGACGAAGAAUUAGAGAAAAAUAUUUAUGAAUACUUUGUGUUUGAAAAGGAGAAAAUAAAUAUAUAAACUACUAGAAGCGCGGCUUGAAGACUACUUGAAAUGUUAAUUGUGAUACACAGCACAGCCCUACAUCGUGCAGUUUGGUUCGUGUUUCUCAAACUUUUUUUUGUGCACUGAUGCAUGGUGUUGAUCGUUUUUAUUAGUUUGUCAGUUCCUCUUCAAUAAGGAGUUUGAAUGUCAAAUUGGUUGCAUCUGUCUCUGUGUUACAUAGGUGCUCCGAGAUAGGAGGAAAUAACUAAGAUAAGAAGAAGACAACAAUGAUGAUUAAAACAUUUCUUCAGUGCUGCGAGCUUAUAGUAUUUUUUUCGAGUGGUGCGAGUCAAGUUCUGUCUCUGUGUGAUAAGGGUGCUCCAAGAACGGAGGAAAUAACUAAUAGAAGAUAAUCUAAAACUCUCUGAUGAUCAAAAACAAUUCUUCAGUGGUGCGAGUUUGUAGUAUAAUUUAUUUCUUUUUGUUCUAGUGAUGAACAAGUACAAGUACAAAUAAGGCAAAUAUUUAUUUGUAUACCUGUUAUUUGUACAUUAGUUGGCUAAUUGCAUGAUAAAUAAUUAUUAUGGUCAACUGAAAAACGAAAAUUGACAUUAUAAGAGAGGUCGGAAUCGUCUGUAGUCAACCUUCAUGAAAUAUUUCGAACUUAAAUUUCUAUAGAAAUUAAACAAAUUCAUCAGCUGGUAAAUUACCGGAAUGUAUGUUAGAAAACCAUGGCGUUUGAAACUCUCUAACAAGGCAAAACAUGCAUAGAUAAUGUAAUUGACUUGAAAUAAUAUUACAGCAUCUGUACAUCUUUUUGUAUUCAAACGACAUGAUGUUUCGUUUUAAACAAAGACAGUAUGCAUAGAAACGUAGUGUGUAGUAGUUGUUUCUAGUAUACUUAAGUUGAUAUGUUAAACAAACCUAACGAUAUACCGUCGGCGUAUAAAGAUAUUUAUGCAAAUGCUUAAAACGAAUUUUAUUUGUGUUAAUUUUAUAUUACUUGCAUACAUUUGAAAGGUUGAAACGAAAUAUCCUUAAAAAGGAAUUAAUUAAUAUAAUAGAAAUUUCUAGAGGCUUUUUUUUAAAGCAUAUAAAUAGUAUCAUUAUUUAUUAAUUCAUUCAAAAUGAAUAUAUUUCAUAAGACAUUAUCCAGUCGGUUAAUGAACAUAUUUUUUGAAGAUGUGACGACAAUCGUCUUAAAUAUAUCAUUCUUAUCAUUUAUGUUACUAUAAAUUUUACUAUUUUAUUGUUUGCACUAGUUAUAGAUCACUUUUUAAUAUUGCUGUCAAUAUUUUGUGUAGAUUGGUCCAGUGGUUCGAAUAAAACAAGAAAUGGAUAUUUUUUUAUUUUUGACCACACGCAGUUUGAGCUGCAUAUGAAGUACAAGAGUAAUUGUGUGAAAGUAUUUAUUAUAGUUAUAUUCUAAGUGAACAAAUUGUUGCAUUUACAACAGUAUUUUUUAUUAUCAAUUCAGAACUCAGAUUCUGCAUCAGUACGUUAUUUUUCACACUUGUUACUUAUGCUAUUUUUAAUUUUUUGUUGUCUAUUUGUAUUAUUACAUUUCAAAUCAAAAAAUGUUUUGAUUCGGGUACAUCAUCCGUCCUUCUCUCGCCCAAUUUCUGACAUUCAGUCUUCUAACGUGCUUUCUGUCAUCCGUCCUUCUAAUGCGUCUCCUGCCAUCCGUCCUUCUAACGUACCUUCUGUCAUUCGACAUGCUUGCUCCGGUCCUCGUGAACCAGUGGUAAACAGUUACAAAAGUCGGACUUUUCAGGUCUGAUUUUCAUAAUCUCAAUUAUUUCUAGUACAAAGAUUUCGUAAAAAGCUAAAUACUGUGCAAGUGGUAGCACUUGCAUUACAACUUUGAUUUCGAGUCUGUUAAUCUACAAGAUGGACACAAAAAGGAUGUAGGCUACUUAAAAAAAACAAUUGAGACUAUAAAUCAGUGUUUCUUUUUCUCGUUGUUAAAGUUCGAAUUAUUGUCCCGUAUGUUACCUUCAAUCAAUUGGUUAAAUAUGGAUAGCUAACCAACUAGACAUGUAUCAACGGACUGGUUAAGCAAUUGGUGCAAAAAAAAACACUUUGUGUAAAUGAAAAAUGACUGGUGUUAUUAAUUUAAAAUAUAUUGGUAUAUGUGAGCUACAGUAGUCAUUUAAAUUCAAUGAAUUUUUAUUGCAAUAUUAUAUUUGUUCUUUGUUGUUUAUGAAUAAAAAUUCAUGUUGAACUGUU